GAGGUGAUGGACUGUUCAAGAGACGCAGCAGACUGGUCAUCUGCGGCAACUAUGUCAACAGCGAUGUUGAGGUGUACACAGCUUCGGCAAAUGCUGAGUCGGUGAGAGUUUCGCUAUCCUAUGCGGCCAAGAAGCAGUGGCAUGGAGCUAUCACAGAUGUCAGCUCAGCAUUUACCCUGGCUCCAAUGGAAGAGUCAAAAGUGCGAUACGCGCUAACCGUGCCCAAGGUGGUGGUGGAUGCGGGGUGCGCAUCACCCGACAUCGCCUACAUGGUGGAUCGAGUUCUCUAUGGACUGAGGGAGGCACCAAGACUAUGGGGGAGCUUCAGAGACCGAAGAAUGUCAAGGGCAAAGUUGCAACUGGGCGACAAGAAGUGCGUCUUAAUCCAGAUGGAAACGGAUCCAGCAGUUUGGCGUGUGGUGGAAGAAGGCAAUGAAGCCGAGACAGUGGCGCUCAUGAUUAUCUACGUGGACGAUGUCAUGAUGUUGGGACCUAAGGAGGUGAUCACGGAGAUCUACCGGUGGAUUACGGUGGGCGACGAAGACGAUAAGGGAUGGACAUGUUCCCCUUUGGAGUGGUUGUCAAGGGAGCCGGCAAGAUACUUGGGAAUGGAUGUGAGAAGAAAGGAAAGCAGAGGUACAACGGUGUUUCACAUCUCGCAAGGAAGCUACAUCAUGGAGCUCCUCAAGGGAUAUCCACAAGAGGCACAGCGACCGUCUCAAGAUCCAGCCACAAAGGAGUCGACGCCAGCAGAAGAGCUCGAUGAGGAGGAGGCGGCUAUCAUGGCAAUUGACCCGGAGCUGGUGAAGCAAGCUCAGAGAAUGGCUGGCGAGCUGCUAUGGCUCGUGACUCGCACGAGGCCUGAUGUGGGCUUUGCCACAGCGCAUGUGUGCUCGAAUGCUGCAAGAGAUCCCGUGGCAGCCAUCCGUUUGGCCAAGGUCACGAUGCGGUACCUGGCAGCUACGCCAACAAUGGGCCUAUGCUAUGAUGGCAAUGGCCUACCGGUGGAGGCUUAUUCAGAUGCAAGCUUCGCACCUCAAGGAGAUCGAAGUUUCGGUUGCGUCACUACAGCUACGUAUGGUGGAUUCGCGGCAUGGAGAAUGACGAAGCAGUCUACAGUGGCACUGUCAGCGGCGGAAGCGGAGCUUGUCGAGUUGAUCAACGCCAGUCAACAGGCAGCGGGACUGCAGGCGUGGGUUCAUGAAGUGUCACAAGAGGACAGAAAUGAGCCUCUAGCUCUUCGUGUGGACAACACGGCAGCGUGUGGUCUGGCUACUACCUCGCCCGGGUCGUGGAAAACAAGACACUUGAAGGUGAAGGCUCGUCACUUGAGAAUGGAGACGAGCGAAGGACGCAUCAAGGUGAUCCACACUCCUGGGGACGUCCAAGUGGCAGACAUGGGAACCAAACCAGUUCCUGCAGCACGGUUGAUCGAGCUACGGCGUUUGUGGGGGAUGUGCACCGCGGAGGAGUUCAACGAUGAGGAGAUGCCUAUUGGAGAGUCUGCAGAGCCUUACAGCAAGAAGCCCAUAGACUACGACGGGAGCAUUGAGUUCUAUUUCCUCAUGACGAUUGGAGGCAUUGCUCUGUUGGGAGUUUGGGAACUUCUGAAAUGGAUGGCUCAUAGAUGCUUCGGAGAGGACGAGAGUACAGUCAACAAGGCCAAGAGGCUCUUGAAGAUCAGAAACCAAGCCUCGAGAGCUCUUCAAGAAGAGCUGGCAUCUAUGACAAGCUCAAGCUCUUCGGAUCCUAUGUUUGUCGAGCCGGAGAAGAAGACGGUCACGACACCGAGGAUGUCAUCCAUCGCAGGGGAAACUACUCCUAUGACUACAAGGACACCAAUGACAACAACAGCGCAAUCUUCGGGCGGGCAAACGAGGACAAAUAUGAGGACCGAUGACGAUCCAGACCUGCGAGAAGCCCUGACGACCGCCAGAGAUAACAGCUAUGUGAGACUACGAACAGCCCUGGUGAUGUCAGAGCACGGUGACAAGGUGCACCUGGUCGAAGGAUGUCAUGGACUACGUCAUGCAAACAAGAGCAGAUUGGAGAAGCUACAGGUCUGCUACUAUUGCGAUGGCAGCUUCCCUUUGUCCUACCGCCCCAUUGGCGGUCAGAUACCAGAAGCCGUGAGAGGAUAG